AUGGAGCUGGUGGAACGGGAGAUCGAGGAGGACUUGAUCCUGCCCCUGCGGGACACGGCGGCGCGGUUCGCGGGCUACGCCCACUAUUUGGCCUAUAGCUCCGACGUCGGCGAGAGUUUCCGUGCCGUGCUGCCGGCGACCGCGGUCCGGGCGACCUACGGCGUCGCGGGCCUGUACAUGCUGGGGGACGUCUUUUACAACGGCUACGUCGAAUCGCACAAGCCGGGCUGCACGCCGACGCACAUCAAGCGGACGCCAGCGUCCCGCGGCCGUGACGAGUUUCGAGACUUUGCGUUUGGUAGGCUGACGCUCGCGCACAGCGCUUUAUUCCAGUUCCUCGCGAGCCUCACGCUGCCGUUCUUGGUCAUCCACAACACGGUGCACCUCUCGGAGAAGUACGUGUUCCAGACGAUGAGCAACGUCGUCGUGCGACGAUGGGGCCCGUCCGUCGUGGCGCUGUCCAUCAUCCCGGGCCUGCCCCUCGCGGACGGGCCCAUCGAGUCCGCGAUCGACUACCUGUUCGAGCACCGCGUCCGCUGCCCGAAGCACCCCGCCGCGGAGUAG